AUGUAUUCUAAUUACACUCCUUUUUAUUCUUAUGGUGGAGGAGGCCCUGGUCAGGCUUCUGGCGGUGGAUCGUCAGAUAUCCGCAUUAACCCAGGGGAUUUUGACGAUUUUGACGGUUUGAAGAGUCGUAUUAUCGUUGCUGCAGGUUCAGGAUCGGGCGAUGGAAGAUAUCAUGCUGGAGAUUUUGACCCUGGUGGUAGUGCAGGAGGUUUAACUGGGUAUGGCGGUCAUUUAGGCUAUAGUGAAGGCGGUUCCCAAAUAUCUGGAGGUUCUGGGCAAGGAGUUUACAAAGGCAGAUUUGGAAUUGGCGGUGGAAAUAAAGAGCGAUUAUAUGCAAAUGGAAUUGAUGGAAAUGGUGCUGGUGGUGGUGGAUACUUUGGAGGCAGUGCAUCACACAUUGUUGACGUUUCUGGUGGUGCUGGAGGUAGCUCAUUCAUCAGCGGGCAUAAAGGAUGUAUUGCAAUAGCAAAAAAUUUCACGGAAGAAAAUAUGACGUUUAGUGAUGCUAGUGAUCCAUCUAUACAUUUUAGUGGUCUCGCUUUCUACAAUACUGAAAUGAUAGAUGGUUAUCACUAUAUGCCGCUCCCUAAUGGUGAAUACGGGUAUGGAAAUCCAGGCAACGGAGCCAUACGAAUCACAAAACUUUUCUUGAAUCAAUGUCAUUCUUGUAUCAUAUACUCUCAUAUAUUUUCUAUCAAACUUUAUAUUUUCUUUUUGGGUUUUUUAAUUUCUUAA